AUGGUAUUUUCAAGAUUUCCAAAAAUUCAAAGAAACUUACCUUUAAUCAAUCUUUUUAUUGCAUGUUCUGCACUUGGUUUUCAAGUAAUGGUUUUAUAUCCUUGGCAUCUACAAAUUGAUGAAAGUCAUCAUAGACUCAUUAAAAGAUUUAAUGACCUCUCUAAA